CUGUAGUACGUACAUACUUCUAAACGUUGAUCUUUAUUUUCGACGUAAGGAUAGACGUCAAAAGUCAUAACUUGGGUCAAAACAUUCACAAUUCACAUCGAGUUGUUUUGAUAGGAAUUUGUUUUAAAUUUGUUUCUUAAACAUUUUAAAAUGUCCUAAAUAAAGAACAAUGGUGUUUAUAGUGUGUGAAAUACUUUAGUGUAGUGCACUUUGUGAUCAAACCUGCCCACCUUCUCAGAAGUGCAGCUGGUCACUAUCAACAUGGCUGAUGACCCUGAGCAUUCCCCAACCCAUUCAGGUAAUACGAAUGGCGCAAUGUGUAGACAACAUCGUGAUAGUUUUGACGAAGAGAUGGCGCACGAGAGCGCCAGCGGUGCGGAGGGCUCGCCGCACCACACGCCGUCCCCGCCGCACGCGUCGCACCUGCCCGCAGACUCCAGCUUCCACCACCAGAUUAUGCAGAGUCAGAGCCCGAGAAAGAACCAUAUCGCGGAGAGGGCGAAACAGUCUUUAGACAAUAAUUUCCUGUUGCAACUGAAGAAGCAGCAACAGUUGCAACAAGAGAUAUUGUUGCAGCACUUCCAACAGCAGCGGCAGCAGCUGGCCGAGCAGCACCAGCAACAGAUCAGGCAGCAUUUAAAGUUAUGGGAGCAGCAGAAAGCGAUGGAGGAGGCCGCGUUGCGCGAGGCGCGCGAGGCUCGCGAGGCGCGGGAGGCGCGCGAGCGGCACGAGCGAGACCGCGUGGAGCUGCUGCGGAAGAAAGACAAACACGAGCCCAGCGCCAACGCGUCCACGCAAGUCAAGCAGAAGCUACAGGAGUUCUUAAAGAAGAAACAAGCAGCAGCAUGUGCAAACGGAACAAUAAAUAAUUCACCCUACAGAAAUUGGGGUAUAGUAAAAUCGUCAUCAGGGGAGUCCAUAACGUCCACGGGCGCCACGGCCACGGCGCACCCCUACCGGCUUACCGCGCCCUUGCCCCUGACUCUCAACGCCGCGCCCCCGCAGCCCUCGCCCGCGGACUUCCCACUCAGGAAAACUGCGUCGGAGCCCAACAUGCUGAAGGUGCGGCUGAAGGCGCGCGUCAUCGAGCGCCGCGCCUCGCCGCUCGCGCGCCGUCCGCUCAAGACGCGCAUCAAGCACCGCAACUGCGAGGGCGCGUCGCCGCGCGGCUCCCCGCCCGGGCCGCUGGGCGCGCCCAUCCGCGAGGAGGAGGAGGGCGGCCGCGCGCCCGAGCUGCUGUUCUCGUCGCCCUCGCUGCCCAACAUCUCGCUGGGCCGGCCGCACGCCGCGCCGCGCCACGUGCCGCCCGCGCCGCCCGUGAGUGCGCUGCCCUACUGGCUUAGUGUCCGACCGGAGACCGUGAAUAACUUGUCGCGCGCGCAGGUGCCGGGCGCGCUGCCGCCCGUGUCGGAGGCCGAGGCGUACGGCGGCGCGGCGGCGCUGGGGGCGCGCCUGGCCAAGCGCCCGCUGGGCCGCACGCACUCGGCGCCGCUGCCGCUGGGCGACCCCGCGCUGCAGCCGCCCACGGCGCACCACUACCUGCGCGACCAGAUCCGCAAGACGGUGUUGACGCGCGCGCACGACGCGGCCGCCGCGCAGCUGCGCGAGGAGGAGGGCGAGGUCAUCGACCUGACGGCGCGGCGCGCGGGCGAGGCGGGCGCGGCGCCGCUGGCGCGCGCGCUGUCGUCGCCGCUGGUGGGCGCGCGCGCGCCGGCCACGGGGCUGGCCUACGACGCGCUCAUGCUGAAGCACGGCUGCGCGUGCGGCGCGCACGCGCCCACGCACCCCGAGCACGGCGGCCGCCUGCAGUCCGUGUGGGCGCGCCUGUGCGAGACGGGGCUGGCGGCGCGCACGGAGCGCACGCGCGCGCGCAAGGCGUCGCUGGAGGAGCUGCAGAGCGUGCACUCGGAGGCGCACGUGGCGGCGUGGGCGGGGCGCGGCAAGGGCGCCGUGCGGCUCGUGCGCCUGGCGUGCGGCGGCCUGGGCGUGGACGCCGACACGGCCUUCAGCGACGCGCACACGCCGGCCGCCGCGCGCCUGGCCGCCGGCGCGCUGCUGGACCUGGCCUCGCGCACCGCGCGCAACGAGCUGCGCAACGGGUUCGCGAUCGUGCGGCCGCCGGGCCACCACGCCGAGCCCAACCAGGCCAUGGGCUUCUGCUUCUUCAACAACGUGGCCAUCGCGGCGCGCCUGCUGCACACGCGGCUCGGCCUGCAGCGGAUACUCAUCGUGGAUUGGGACGUGCACCACGGCAACGGCACGCAGCAGAUCUUCUACGAGGACCCGCACGUGCUGUACAUGAGCCUGCACCGCCACGACGACGGCAACUUCUUCCCCGGCACGGGCGCCGCCAGCGAGUGCGGCGCGGGGCCCGGCCUGGGCUACACCGUCAACGUGGCGUGGCCCGGCGCGCCGCCGCUGGCCGACGCCGAGUACCUGGCCGCCUUCCGCUCCGUCGUCAUGCCCAUCGCCAAGGAGUACGACCCUGAAAUAGUGCUGGUGUCGUGCGGCUUCGACGCGGCGGGCGGGCACCCCGCGCCGCUGGGCGGCUACAACGUGUCGGCCGCCUGCUUCGCGCACAUGACGCGCGACCUCAUGCAGCUCGCCAACGGAAAGGUGGUGCUGUCGCUGGAGGGCGGCUACGACCUGGCGGCCAUGUGCGACUGCGCGCAGGAGUGCGUGCGCGCGCUGCUGGGCGAGCGCGGCGCCGCGCCCGCGCUGGCCGAGCUGGCGCGCGCGCCCGCCGCGCACGCGCAGGCGGCGCUGCGGGCCGCCAUCGCCGCGCAGGCGCCGCACUGGCCGCAGGUGAAGCGCUACAGCGCGCUGGUGGGGCUGUCGGCGCUGGAGGCGGGCGGCGCGUCGGCGGCUCGCCUGGGCCGCCUGCAGAGCGAGCGCGACGCCGCCGACACGGCCGCCGCCAUGGCCUCGCUGUCCGUGCAGCAGCUGCCCGCGCCGCUGCUGCCGCCGCAGACGCAGCCGCUGGCGCUCAGCAGGUCGGCGGACAGCUCGCGCUCGGUGUCGGAGGAGCCCAUGGAGCAAGACGAGGGCAAGUGAGGGGCGCGCCCGCCCGCUGACACAUUCCGCGCUCCCAGCGAGCCCCGCGCCGCGCCGCCGAGCGCGGCCGAGCGUGGCCGAGCACAGCCGACGCGCUGUGAACGAUCGUUGUAUAUUUGUGGCCGUGUAAUAAUAUGUACAUAUAUGACAGUCGCGGCCUCCCCAGCACCGAGCUCGAGAUGGUCGCCGUGUUCACUGGCUGAGUUUUCUUUAUUCUCGCUGCAACUGCGUUGUGGCCCCGGGCGCGUGGGGACGCCACGUCGGCAUCGAGAUUCGGCGCUGGGGCCAGUUUCCGCGCAGCGACAAGUGUUAUAUGUAUAUUACAUAAAAAUGUCUAUUCGAUGUGAUUCAUAAUGAAUUAGUCUCGGUGAGGCGAACCGUGUGUGUAGAUAAAGGUAAAAUUAAGACAAAUCUUAAUUUGAAAGCUUUAAAACGUAGUAAAAUUGUAAGUGUACAAAAUGAUGUUAUUAUAUAUUUGGAUAUGCUUUUAAGUAUGACUAAGAGGUGUAUUGUGGUGCGGGAGGCGCUACUCCGGUACCUCUCUGGCGCGAUGUCGGCGUGUCGAUAUAACGAGCGAUUGGAGCCGGCUAGCUUGGAUGCCGUCGUUUCAAUGUUUUAUAUUGAAUGUUAUCGCUCGACGCAGAUUUCUAUUUAAAUUUUGUCGGAAAAAUGUUUCAACAUUCCGAAUGCGUCGUAUUGUAUCUUUGUCUAUACCAAAGACUUCAGAUUUGAAAAAUAUGUCUAUAGUGAUUUGUAUAUUGUAUAUUUUGUUAAAGUACGUCCUCGUAGCAACUCGCUGUACCGUGUAAUACUAUUGAAUAGAACGUUGUGUUGUAUUGUUGCGAUUUUAUAGCAAAGUCUAUAGCUAGAAGUAAACCUAUUAAUUAGCCCAGUAUAAAUUGUUAUUUUUGUAUGAGGGGGAAUUUGCGAGAAUUCUCCGUUUCCUUUUAACUUAUUAAAUUGGUGUUGAUAGCCCUUUUUGAGAAGAGAAUAUUUAGCAGAAAAAUAUAUGUAUAUUACGACAGUCUUUGGUCGGUUUUAAUUCGAUGAAUUUCGUGACGCAUCUUUGUUCCUGGACCCGUAGUUCUCUGUGGCAGUUUUUGGAGUGUCGAGGUUGCUUGAAAUGCCUGGCCUGCAUACUCUAUAACAUUGCAAUAGGCUACAGUAUCACCAACUUAUUCUGAAGAUAAGCUGAAACUUUGCGAUUCUUAGAAACGUGGAUAAAAUCAUUUCAGCUCGUUGAUUGGAAGUGAACGGAUAAAUCAUGCAUAAAAAUUGUUAAGUUCUUGAGCACAAUCAAGAAUAUGCUGUAAAAAACGGCAUUGUGCCGAAUGUGUACAUGGUUUUAGAACCAUUUACAAUAAACACAAUUUUCAUAACGUAGUCCAAGAAUCCUUUUGACUUCAUAACAUACCUUUAAUUUAAAAAAGGUGAUGCUGUAAGAACGAAAUGGUUGUUUUGAGUAUACAAUUGUAGUUUUUCAAUUGGUCACGUCUAUGUCAUGUAAAAAUAAUUGUCGUGUACUUUGGCAGUGGGCUCUAUGAGAAUGAACGUGAUUAUUUAAUGAAUAUUUAUUUAGUUUAGAUAUAAUAUGUGAAACAAUAUGCAAGACUUGCCGAAUCGUUACUCUGAAGUAUCUUUGUGCUUUCGAACGAACAGUGAAUGUUCCACUAUGAGACUUCACAGUAAAGUAAUCGAAUGCGGUUAUUAAUCGCCCACUGCGCAGUUUGACUGACAUCGUUAUUUUGACUUGACGCGACCAACUGUUGUGAGAUUGUAAUACAAUAGUGGGACUUAAAUCCUCAAGGUCUUUUAUGCCCAGAGUCAACUAGGUUAUCAAUGGAGCGAUUUUAGUCGUUUUAAAUAAAAUGAAUAUUUCCUAUUCUAAUUACGAUUAAUAUAUAAACUAAUGACCGUUUUCCAGAUAGUGUAUUUUGUAACCUACGAUUAAUGUUUAGCCGUCACAGAUAAUAAAUCUUCGUUGGGAAAUGUAGAUUAUAUUUUAACGGAGUUGCCAUAGAGCAGGGCUAGGACCACAUUUGCAUCAUUCGAAGUAUCGUAUGUCUAGGCUAUACAUAUGUACAGAGUAAAAUUUCAGAAAUUGAGUCGUAAAACAUAGUAUUGUAGUAAAUAUUUGGCGCUUUCUCCUCCGGUCAGUGGGAUGAAGUAUUGUGUAAAGUUAACAACUUUAUUUCGCGCUUGUGCUGCAAGUGUCAUAGAAACAAAUUUAUUAUUGGUAUUGUAUAUUGACCCAGAAAGCUCGGUCACUCAGUGGACGAUGGAGAGGGUAACACUCGGAAUAAGCUCGAAAGACCUACAAUAUCCAAUAGCUCUUCAAGCACAUAGCUCAGAAAACUUUGGUUUGAACUUCGUACUAGGCAGAGUCAUGGUGGAGAGCAGGCUAGUCGCAGGCAACCAGGAGUGCGAUACACCAUACAAGACCUACUGCCAGUAGUUGACGUCCAUUGCAUGAGACGCCAUCUUCAAACUUUAAUAAAGUCAAACAAACCAAAUAACCCAACAUUUUUUCCAACUAGUCAUGCAGCAAACGAGCUACUUUUGCGUUUCUAUGGCUUAAGACUCAUUUCGCAGCGACAUUUCGAAGUCUGUCAUGAUAUAGUGAUAAGCAGUCGACAACGUGAGGAUGAUGGAUACAUAUCCGAUACCUCGGUGAUACAACUGUGGACCGGCUCAAGACGUCCGCCUGAUCGCGGCCUGGAACGAUUUGAAACACAAUUGCGAUGAAACGAGGAUAUGAGCAAUAAAUUAGAGGAAGUUUUGUUUUAUUUAUUGUAAUGUGGUGUAUAUUGUGUAAUUAAACCACGUAUUCACUAGUCUACAAAUGUUUCAAAUAAAAGACAUUACUGUUUUUGUUACAUCGCAUACCUAAAUGUUUCUUAAGUAAGUUAUCAGAGGAUUUUUCCAACGAUUUGACAAACGUGAUUUUAAUCUAUUUAUUUAUAGAUUUAGAGUUAAAAUGGUAAUAGAAAUGUCGCCGGAAACACAUUGAUAUUGAUUGAUGUUUCGGAAACAGAAAUUUGUAAAACAUUAAUUUUGUACUUGAAACAUUGUAUGUUUACUUUUUAUCAUCUAUCAGAUCUAAAAGUUUUUAUAGAUAUUAUAUAAUGUGUUGUUUAAUACAUAUUAAUGGUGAAAGUAUUUAUUUAAAAAAAAACGUUAGUUAUCAGAUGCAUAUAAUGAUGAUUUUUUACUCCAUUAUCACUAGAAAAUAAAUCAAGAUUGGCUUAUAUCCCUCCAACUUUAUACGGUAUAGAAAGGCUAACCGCAUCCAAACUGAAGACGGGUAAUAAAAAUCACCUUAACAAUAGUUGUACGUUAAUGAAUACGUGGCGUUCAUACGUGUUUCAUAACAGUAGUGUUUCAUCCGCCGGCGGGUGAGAAAUUGAUAUAUUUUUGUAUGAGAAGGCUGUCUGUGUUGUAUAUAGGCCGCGGCCGCCGGUCUGCGCUUGGGCUCAUCCUCUGUGACAUUCAAAUCGUAUCACAUUUGUGACAUCCAACUUGACACGACUCGUAUGAUGACUGACAUUGGCGAAGUACCCAGUUGGCACAGACAAAAGCCAUCAACAAGAAUUGAAUUGACUACCAAGUUGAAACUGGCUCUGGAAACUACGUCGUUACUAACCAUCACUGUUAGUAUAACAUGGGUUCGAAAUCGUAGUCAUUUCCAGUAUCGAAACAUCAUAGUAUCACAGUAAAAUUGUACCUAUCUAUCUCAUUUCAAAGCUCAAAUUCGUCCACACUUGUAAAGAGAGCGCGAAACGGUGAAAUAAAAAUAAUUAGAACACUAAUUUGCGAAUGUAAUAAUAAUGUAUGAGAAUGUUAUAAUUUGCAACAUUAGGUCUUUUGCUUUGACUUUGCGAGCGUGUCUCUUAUGCUAAGCAAGUGUUCAAGAAGACGUCACAGAAUUCAUUUUACAGCAUUUUUGAUUUGUAUGUCAUAGAACCGUGGCACAUUUCGCUAGUUGUGUAAACUGUCACAUAUCGACAAAGUCGAAGCGGCAGGCGAGCGCGGGGCCGACGACAGGUCCGGCGAGGCCCGGCGGCCGCGUCUUACGUCGAGGGAUGCGAUCCUUGUACGAUAAACAGAUUUAAACAAUGUUGUAUCUUUGAGAGUUUUAUUGUUAAAGUGGAAAUACAGAUGAAAUAAUUAUUUAAUAAAUGUAUAUAUUAUAUAUAUUUGGAAAUA